ACUACUUUGUUGCGCUUUGCAUAGAUAACGUUAAGUCACACUGAAUGUUGGGAACAACUCAUUUAGAUGUGGCCAAACCGUGCAGCGCUUUAAUAUUAGUUAAAAGCUUGCUUAGGCGUGUGGUCCUGAUAUGAAACUGUCUGAAUUAAUUGGCUGAGAUGCUGUCCACCGGUCCACAGCUGCGACUACUGCGGCUAUUGUCUUGUGUAACUCUUCUUUUACUUUUUCAAGUCACUGAGGCCAAGAGAGAUUUAAAAAGCGCCUGUUCUACCUGUCAGAAAAUUACUGAUAACUUCAACAAGGGCUUUGACAGAACAGCAAAGCAGAAUUUUGGCGGAGGCAACACAGCCUGGGAAGAGAGAGCACUGUCUAAAUAUGAGACAAGUGAGAUCCGUCUGAUGGAGAUCCUGGAGGAGCUGUGUGACAGCAGCAGCUUCGAUUGCAACCACAUGUUAGAGGAGCACGAAGACCAUUUUGAGACUUGGUGGUUCAAGAGUAAAACAAAACAUCCUGAUCUGCAUAAAUGGUUCUGCAUUGACACCAUCAAAGUGUGCUGUGCGAAGGGGACGUUUGGCCCAGACUGCAAUGCCUGUGUGGGGGGCUCCGACAGACCUUGUCAUGGAAAUGGAAACUGUGAUGGCGACGGGACUCGCGGAGGGAACGGAAAUUGCAGCUGUGACGAAGGUUACGCAGGAGAGUUGUGCCUCGACUGCAUCGACGGCUACUUCAACGAAGUGAGGAACGACACAAUCUCCCUGUGCACAGAUUGCCACUCCUCCUGCAAAACCUGCAAUGGAGCAACCAAUCAGGACUGUGAUGAGUGCAAAGAAGGCUGGGAGGAGGAUGAACAGGAAGUGUGUGUUGAUGUAAACGAGUGCUCCAAAGAUCCUUCUCCAUGUGAAGAAGAUCAAUACUGCCUCAACACGGAAGGCUCCUACUCCUGCAAGGCCUGUGAUGAGGUGUGCUCCGGCUGCGCAGGGGCCGGUCCUGAUGGGUGCCAGGCUUGUGCCAGCGGGUACCAAGACACAGAGGGCUCCUGCACAGAUAUCGACGAGUGUUCCCAGCCAGAGCCGAUAUGCACCAAGGAGCACGAGGACUGUGUCAACACUAAAGGCAGCUACGUGUGCAUCUGCUCCAGUGGCUAUGAGGAGCAAGAUGGAGACUGUGUCCAAAAGGCAGAGCCGGAAAAAGAAGAGGAUUCUGAAGCAUCUGAGGCGUCCACAAGUCCACACGGGGAGCUUUGAUGUAAAAUCUGGGACCAAUGGUAGCGAAUGGAAUUUCUGCACAUCCGAAGCCGCCCAUUUUUAAAUCGUCGACUUCAUGCACUUAAUGUACCAGCUGCACUUAGAACAACUAAAGCUGGCAGGACAGUGUUUGGAGCAUGGAUUACAGGACAAAAAGAGACAUUUUCUGCUCUCAGUAUGCUGGUCAUCGUUGCUUUUCUCUGGCGUGUUCAAACUACCACUUGUCUUUAUUUGUCGUAUCGUUUUAAAAUCAAAGGGGUUUCAAUAAAGUUGAAUUUAAAACCCAUGUCAACAAAA